AUGAUGAGCCCGCGCAUCGAAGUUAUCACGUACUAUGGGCCGAACGGGAAAGACCUCGUGCACCCUCAGUUAUCGCAUUCAGUCGUACGAACUGUCUUUCUGUCUGUGCAUUUUGCUAUCGGAUGGCUCCUAUGCAACGCCGCUACCCAAAAGGGCGACCACGACUUCCAGGAGGCCGAGGCCGUAAAGCAGCGCAAAAGUGCCUGUGGAAUCUGCGCUGUGGACAAGUACAGAGAGAGCGUGAGCACGGGCACGCUCAACCCGUGCUGA